AUGACAACAGAUGGAGGAAGUUUCUCAAUCAGGGAAAAACAUAAAGAACUUGUGCGAAACUAUUAAGACAGAUAGAUUGAUAUCGACACUGUGAAAGAUCAGGAUGAGUGACGUAACGUUGGACACGCCGGUUCGGAAGCUCCGGUUCUCCAUACUGAGGAAACUGUCGGAUCUUCUGGAUCCUCAGAACACAUGGAGAACCGUCAUGAUGGACAUCAACAAACCCACAGGAGAACCCAGAUACACACAGUUACACAUCAGGCGUUUUGAAGCAGCAGUAGUGCAAGGAAAGAGUCCCACCACAGAGAUGCUGUUUGACUGGGGAACCACAAACUGCACCGUUGGAGAUCUGGUGAAGAUUCUGACCCGACACAAGCUGUUCGCUGCGGUCAGUGUCCUCCUGCCAGACUCGAGCGCGGCAGCGUCAGUCUCCACACUGCAGUUUGAGGAAGUGCUUCCUCCGUUCCCGGCGUGCCUGCAGCCCUGUGUGCGUCCUGAGGUGACUAAACCCAUGGAUGAAGUCAGCACAGCUGUGAUGGAGCCGGACAGCACCAGCAGACCCGAGGAGAACUCAGAGAGUUCAGAGUUUCACAGAGUCGAUUGUUUCUACACCUUCACUUAUCGCAAACUGACGGCGAUCACGGGGAACUGGGAUGAUCGUCCGCUGUCAGAAGGAGGGUGUCAACUGGGUGCUGGCGGGUUUGGCAUCGUAUUCAGAGGAAUCAUUGGUAACACGCAUGUAGCCGUGAAAAAACUGAACCCUUUGGACGACGGCUCUCCUGAAGACCUCAAGACUCAGUUUGAUCAAGAGAUUCAAACACUGAGGAGCCUGAAACAUGAGAAUCUGGUGAAUAUGGUUGGGUACUCCAGCGACGGGCAACAUCUAUGUUUGGUGUACGCGUAUAUGCCCAAUGGAUCGCUGCUCGAUCGACUGGCGUGUUUGGAAGGAAGUGCUCCUCUCUCGUGGCACACAAGAUGUUCUGUCGCCAUGGGAACAGCCAGAGGUCUGGAGUAUCUGCAUCAUAAUAAUCAUAUUCAUCGCGAUGUGAAGAGCGCAAAUAUCUUGUUGAACGAAAACUUUGUACCAAAGAUCUCUGACUUCGGUUUGACGCGAGCUUCAGCCAAACAGUCGAACUCAACGGUCAUGACGCAGAGAAUUGUGGGUACUACAGCGUACAUGGCGCAGGAAGCUCUGAGAGGAGAGAUCACGCCGAAAUCAGACAUCUUUAGCUUUGGGGUGGUGUUGCUGGAAAUUCUGUCUGGACUUCCUCCGGUUGAUGAAAGUCGUGAUCCAAAACUACUGAUGGAGAUGAAGGAUGAAAUCGAUGAUGAGGAGAUCUCUUUGGAGGAGUUUAUUGAUCAGAAGAUGAAGGGUUGGAUGAUGGAGGAGGUGGAGCAGAUGUAUGACGUUUCAUCUCAAUGUCUCUGUGAAAAGAAAAACAAAAGACCCACAAUCAAAGAGGUUGUAUCUGAGUUGGAGGAUCUUCAUCGUAAACAUUCCCAGAGCUCUGGAUGAGAGCUGCUCACGCCACAGCCUCAAACGAUAAACAUUCGCUCUGCAUUCUGAACUGCCUCCAUCGUAAUGAAAUUCAUGGUCAGCACCUCUGAGGACGACGGGGAAAUCAGAGAAACAACACGGCAAAACAAGAUAAGAGACCACGGUUAUCACAGUCAUGAACAGCACUUGCAUAGAAAAAUGAACGUCUUGGUACAAUCUUAUCAAACAAUGAGAAUUUUAUUUAUGUCGUAAAAAAAGGACAGUGUUAAAAUGGAAAAGAACAGAUGUUAGAUUUCCCUUGUGUUUGGUAAAACUAGAAAAAUAAAACAAUGUAACAAAGAGGAAUGACAAUCGUUCAGGAAUGAGGGGGCGUUCGUAGAGCUCACAUUUUAUCAUUUCAUGUUCCAGCAGUAACUACGUCAGUCUAACGACUCGCUGACCUGUUGUUAAUUUGGCACAGUUUAAAGUCACAAAUGCUUAUCUGAAUUAUAUAUAAUAUCAUUGAUCAUAAUUGCACAAUUUCAGCUUUGCAUGUGUUGAAGAACUAGUUCAAUUGUUGUAAAUAUUUUGUGUGUAUUGUUCUUUUUAAUAAAGUCCUUUUUAUGUUUUAAUAAAUGCUUUAAAAGUA